GGAGCCGGCUCCCCGCCUCCCGGUGCGCCCGCGGCUCGGGCGCUCUGCGCGGAGCGGCGCGGACGCUUCGUUGUGCAGAGACCCGACGAAUGAAUUGAAGCGCCUUUCUGUUCAGGGUUGGAGAAGGAUGGAGUACCUGAGGGACUGCGCCAGCCGCACCCCCGGACACGUCUUGUGCUGUGAGUGUGGUGUCCCGAUUAGUCCAAAUCCUGCCAAUAUUUGUGUGGCUUGUUUGCGAAGUAAAGUAGACAUCAGCCAAGGUAUUCCAAAACAAGUGUCGAUUUCUUUCUGCAAGCAGUGUCAAAGAUAUUUUCAGCCACCAGGAGCUUGGGUACAAUGUGCUUUAGAAUCCAGGGAACUUCUUGCUUUGUGUUUGAAAAAAAUCAAAGCCCCUCUGAGUAAGGUACGACUUGUAGAUGCAGGCUUUGUUUGGACUGAGCCCCAUUCUAAGAGACUGAAAGUUAAGUUGACUAUUCAGAAAGAGGUGAUGAAUGGCGCUAUCCUUCAGCAGGUGUUUGUGGUAGAUUAUGUUGUUCAGUCCCAAAUGUGUGGAGAUUGCCACAGAGUAGAAGCUAAGGAUUUCUGGAAGGCUGUGGUUCAGGUCAGGCAAAAGACUUUGCACAAAAAAACAUUCUACUAUCUGGAGCAGUUGAUUCUGAAAUAUGGAGUGCAUCAGAAUACACUUCGUAUCAAAGAGAUUCAUGAUGGUCUGGAUUUCUAUUAUUCUUCAAAACAACAUGCUCAGAAGAUGGUAGAAUUUCUUCAGUGUACAGUUCCUUGUAGAUGUAAAACAUCACAGAGACUGAUCUCUCAGGAUAUCCACAGCAACACAUACAACUACAAAAGCACUUUUUCUGUGGAAAUUGUUCCAAUAUGCAAGGAUAAUGUUGUUUGUCUGUCUCCAAAACUUGCACAAAGCCUGGGAAAUAUGAACCAGAUUUGUGUGUGUAUUCGAGUAACCAGUGCCAUCCAUCUCAUUGAUCCAAACACCUUGCAAGUUGCUGAUGUUGAUGGGAGCACAUUCUGGAGUCAUCCUUUCAAUAGUUUAUGCCGUCCCAAACAGCUGGAAGAGUUUAUUGUGAUGGAGUGCAGCAUAGUCCGAGACCUCAAACGCAGUGCCGGUGCUGGAGUCAUAUCAAAAAAGCAUACCCUUGGGGAAGUCUGGGUACAGAAGACAUCUGAAAUGAAUACAGAUAAACAGUAUUUUUGUCGCACUCACUUGGGACAUCUUCUAAAUCCUGGAGACCUGGUGUUGGGGUUUGAUUUGGCUAAUUGUAACUUGAAUGAUGAACAUGUCAACAAAAUGAACUCAGAUAAAGUUCCAGAUGUGGUAUUAAUCAAGAAGAGCUAUGACCGGACCAAACGUCAGCGUCGUAGAAACUGGAAACUGAAGGAGCUUGCGAGAGAUAGAGAAAAUACGGACACAGAUGAUGAAAGGCAAUACCAAGAUUUUCUUGAAGAUCUUGAAGAAGACGAGGCACUUAGAAAAAAUGUCAACAUUUAUAGAGAUUCAGCAGUCCCUGUAGAAAGUGACACAGAUGAUGAAGGAGCGCCUCGAAUCAGUCUGGCUGAGAUGCUUGAGGACCUUCAUCUUUCUCAGGAUGCCACUGGCGAAGAGGGCGCAGCUAUGAUGACGUAAUGAAAUCAUGUAGACUCUGCCCACCUGUGGGUGCAGGAAGUUGGACACAGUAACUUGCUGUAUAUUCCAUCUAUGCCUUCAUAUUUCAAGAGGAGAAAUUUAUUUUAAAACUAAAUAAAAAGGACUAUUUUGAUUCCUCAAAGGGCUAAAGGGUUUGAUAGUUUUGGAAUUUAAGAGAAUAAAAGAUUAGGGAGAAUUUAAUUUUGCCAAAGUUUAGGCUAUUUCAUGUGUGUGGUUUUAUCACUUUGCUUUUAUUUAAGGCCCUGUAGUAUUUUCUUCACAUACCUAAUGCUACUGCUGGACUUAAAAGCUCAAAAGUUGAGAUUCAUUAUAUGUUAACUAAAUAUUCAAACAAAAUAGUCUUUACAUUCUUUUUAUGUUGAUUGCUUUAUAGAGAGAGCCAGUAACCUGGUGGAUCAUCUGUAAUGUGCACUUCGAUUCAUUUUAGAUCAUUUCUAUUUCCUCUGAGUAGGGAAAUUGUUGUUCAGUUUAUCACUGAACAUUGAGGAAGGAAGUCUUAUUUCUCCAUAAAGUUAACAUUUUCAAAAGCUUUCCCCUCUCUGUGUCUCUCUACCCCACCUUCUUCUCUCCCUCCCUUCUCCCUCCCCUCUCAUAGACUAGUUAUUUCAGGUAACAGUGUAAUUUUUCAUUAUCUUUGCCUGGACCAGCAAUUUAGCCAGUAACCUGGUUUACAACUUGAGGAUUCUAGCAUGUAGAUGAUAAAAUAAUAAAAAUUAAGUACAUUUUUAUUUUUAAUAAAGCGUGUUUCCCAUGAAUCAGAUUUGAAUGAAGAAUACCUUCUAUAUUCUGAAAGAAGACCUUUGCUUGGAUUUUAAAGUGCUCUGAGAAUCAAGUAUUAUCCUGUUUCUGUAAGCAAGAUUAGAUUUACUGAAUAUACCAAACCAAUGCUACUUCACUCAUUCUUUGUGUAUCAAUAAAUGAGGCCAUUGAGCCAACACUGAAUGGAA